GGCGUAUCUACGGGGCAGGCAAAAACUGGCCCCAAGUGAUAGUAUUCUUGCUGGGUGUGGCGGCCUGGCUCGACCUCCCCGGUCAGUCACUGAGCAGACUGAGGCGCGGCAGCAUGAAGCGGUCUGGAGCCAUGAGAGGUACAGCGCUAGCGGUGCUGCUGCUGCUGCUGGAUGCUACGCUUGUUGAGAGUGGAGGAACGCAUGGCAAAGGAGGCCAUGCGCCGUUGCUUGGAGAUGUGAAGGUGUUCGGGUGCCGUCCUGAGGUGCACUACGUGACACACUAUCGCACCAAGUUUCAAGAUGUACCAGUCUACAAAACCAUCACCGCUCAUGACUUGGAGGUGAAGCCCCACAACGAAGUGAUCUACAGCACAGUCGUCAAUGUCCACACUAGAUCACUAACUACAACAGUUUACGAGACUUCCACUGAAUAUCUGACCAGAGUGUCACGACGCGAGCUAACAGAGACGGUGACGCGCUUCCUAUCGGUGCCCUCCUACGUCACCAGCACUAAGGUCGUGGAGCAAACGCGAGCUGUGGAUGUCACUACGCAAGUCUUCAAUACGGAGCAGGUCCCUUAUCCUGUCACCCUCACCGAGCUGGCCACACUUCAAGCCACUGUUACCGUGCCUGUGACUUUGGUAGAGAAGACUCCAGUACCUGUCACGAGAGAACAUCUAAUCGUCGACACCUCCACUGAAUACCAGACAGUGAUACACACCAAGCCCGCUUACGGCUACGGAAAUGAUGUCAUCGUGGUAACUGAGAAUGUCGUCAAUUUCCAUCCUUCUUACGUUACGCAGACCCAUUACGAGACCAGCUACGUCACCCACACCAGCAUCCAGCGCGUGCCUACUUACGUGACACACACAGUGCACGCCCCCUGCCACUCUUCCUACUAUUAGCAGAGGCGACGCGUUGGCCACCCUAUCUCCCGCUUAGGCGUCGCUUCACCCUUGUCCUAUUUCUCUGUGUGAACGUUCAUGUCAGUUUGUGUAUUCUGUUUCAUGUUUCUGAACACAUAUCUCAGGUACUGUUAUUAUCAUUAUUAUAUUUUUUUUUAAUUGAAUUUGAUAUUGCGUAUAUUUUUUCAUCCACGUGUAGUUAGAAAUAAUAUUGUUUUUAAAUCAUACUCAUUUGAUUUUCUGUCAUCCCUUUUUCCCCAUACAAUACUUCUUCAUAAAAACGUUGAGCAGUCUUGGGUUAUAUAAGGAGACUUUUUUCUUUUUCCUUUUCUUUCCUUCAUUUUAGAUACUAAUCAGCUGUUCAGUAUCAUCAAAUGCUGCAACUCUGUCUUAUUCAUUUCUUUGGCCACAUGUCACACAUCAAAGAAGAUCACACUUCCAUGGAUGUUGUUGAUUAAUGACAUAUCGUAUUAAGAUUCUAAAUAAAUAUUUGUGCUGUUUA